AUGGUUAUAGCAUUCGACGCUAAAGGCAAAGGAAGCGUCCAGAUAUUGAAACAGGGGAACAAUGUCUUGUUUGGAGAUGUCGAUCUGAAUAUAGGAGGAGGUUACAACGUCAAUAAAGGGGUUUUCAUGGCUCCAAAAUCUGGAGUCUAUGUCUUUGAGUGGACAACUUUGACGAGCGUUGGGAAAUACGCCAAUACCUCUCUGGUCGUGAAUGGAAAAAGAAAGGCGUACAUCCAUUGUUAUGACAAAGGUCGUGGUUUCCAUAUGUCAUGCAGUAAAAUGGCUGUUGUAAGAAUGACAGCAGGAGAUAAGACUUGCAUUGAUAUUUGGUCUGGAACAGCAUGGGUUGAACCUAAAUUUUCUUCUUUUUCUGGUUUCAUGUUAAUGCAUUCCCUUCUGUUUGUUGUGGGAGUAAGUUCAAUUUUUGUCAUCACUAACACGGACAAAGUGUCACCCCGGCCCAGCCUGAAAUCAUUCAGAGACGACUAUGACAGUGUCGCCAAAACAUGUGUAGCUGUUGGAUACGUAAAAGACCACUGCAAAAACAACCGUGACAGAAAAAAUAUGGUAAUAGCAUUCGAUGCCAAAGCCAAAGGAAGUGUUCAGUCAGUAAGUAAGGGGAACAUUGUCAUGUUUGGAAAUGUUGAUUUGAAUAAAGGAGGAGGUUACAACGCAGUUAAAGGGAUUUUCACGGCCCCGAAAUUGGGAGUGUACGUGUUUGACUGGACAACAAUGACGUACACCAACAAAGGUGCUUACACCUCUCUUGUCUUGCAUGGUAAAAGAAGGGCAUACAACCAUUGUCACAAUAACGGUCAUGGUAUCCACAUGUCAUGCAGUAAAAUGGCUGUUGUAAGAAUGGAAGCAGGAGAUAAGGCUUGGAUUGAUAGCUUUCAUGGAACAUCAUCUGUUUACAACCUAUAUUCUUCUUUUUCUGGCUACAUGUUGUGAAU